AUGCUGAACCAAACAGCAGUCAGUGAGUUCAUCCUUUUGGGCCCCACCGACAUGCAGGGGCUGCAGCACUUUUUCUUCAUCUCUUUUCUGUUGCUCUACUUUACCAGUCUUCUGGGAAAUGGUGCCAUUGUGGCCAUCGUGAUAUCUGAGCCCCGGCUAGACACACUGAUGUACUUCUUUCUGGGGAACCUGUCCUGCCUGGACAUUUUCUGCUCCGCAGUCACUGCUCCCAAGAUGUUGACAGGCUUUCUCUUUGGGCAUCAACCCAUCUCCUUCAGUGCGUGCUUCGCCCAGCUCCACCUCUUCCACUUCCUGGGCAGUACCAAGGCUGUGCUCCUGGCCGCCAUGGCCUAUGACCACUACGUGGCAAUUUGCAACCCUUUGCGCUACGUCCUUGUCAUGAGUCCACGGACUUGUCUGCUGCUGGCUCUGGCCAGCUGGUCCCCUGCCUUUGUACAUGCCACAAUGCACUCAGUCAUGACCUCUCAACUGAGUUUCUGUGACCGCAACCACAUCCAUCACUUCUGCUGUGACAUUAAGCCACUGUUGAAUUUGGCCUGCGGUAGUACCAGCCUCAACAUGACCCUCCUCAGUGCUGUCACCACAUCUAUUGUCCUAGUCUCCAUCACUCUCAUAGUCCUCUCCCAUCUCUAUAUUACCUCCUUCCUCUUCUGUAAUGUCCAGUCCCAGGAAGGAAGAUGGAAGCCCUUCUCCACCUGCAUCUCCCACCUCAUCAUUGUGGCACUGCUAUACAUACCAGUGCCCUUCAAUUAUGCACCACCUUCCUCAGUAAGCUCCCCUGGAAUGGAUGUGCAAGUGUCUCUCAUGUACAGUGCUGUCACCCCAGCUCUGAACCCCUUGAUAUACACCCUUAGCAAUCAGGAGGUGAGAUCUGCCCUGAAAAAAAUGUUAGGGAGACAACCCUUUCCCAGAGGAAAGUGA